GUGUGGCAUUCUAAUUUAUUGGAAUCUUCGGUCGAGUUGAUGAGCCCACCAGCAGUGGUCCGGGAGUAGGCAAGUUCGGGGGUGUGGCCGUGGUGUCUGUGACUGCUGGCUAUCGCUACUGCCCUGCUGCUUUGGAUGGUGAUGGACGACGAACAAGGCAACAAGCGUUCCAAACUACGUCAGGACGCCCUCGACAUAGCCCUCAACCAGGUAUCCGGCGUGAAUGGAUGGUAUACUUCGAAGCUACAACUCCAGCUCGCGUCAUUACAGCUGUGUCUAGCGUGCCGAAGAGUGCCCACAUCCCACCUGACGGUAGAGAGGGACGUGCUCGCCCUUCUGUGGCCGCAUAGCGCGGCGGAAGCGACUCGUAGCAGACUGGUGAGCCUGGGACAAUCCCGCGUGCCAGCCCUUCGACCGCGCAAGGUUACGUGGAACCUAGCGACGCUGUCGAUGAGGCACUGUGGGGAUGCUUUCGAGAGCGUGGACGUCUUAGUUUUCGGUGACUCGUUCGACUACAGGGUGGACCGAGUGACGUGGCCACCGGGGCUCAAGAAGCUAAUUUUCGGGAAGGAUUUCGAUCGCUCGGUUGACCGCGUAGCUUGGCCGAGGUCCCUGAAACAGCUCACCUUUGGGACAGGGUUCAACAAGCCGAUUGGCAGUGUUUCCUGCUCCGAUUCGCUCCAGCAGAUUGCGUUUGGAACCUGCUUCAACCAGCCGGUCGAAGACGUAACAUGGCCGGCGUCGCUGCAGGAGCUUACCUUCGGGAGAGAGUUCAACCAACCCCUUCAAGGGGUAACGUGGAGCGCGUCACUUCAGAAACUGACUUUUGGGAGGUACUUCAACCAGCCCAUCGACAGGGUCAUGUUUCCGGCAUCGCUGCGACAGAUCACGUUCGGGUUCAGCUUCGACCAGCCAAUUUCUGACGUCCUGUGGCCGGUGUCUCUGAAACGGCUGGUAUUCGGGUACUGGUUCAACCAGGAGGUCCACGAAGUGUCAUGGCCAGCGUCUCUGGAAGAGCUUUCUUUUGGGAUAAAGUUUCAAGCGCCGGUCGAUGGCAUCGAUUGGCCGGAUUCAUUGCAGCGACUGACGAUUGCGCACCGUCCAAGCAUGCCUCUGCAAAUGUAGUCUAGAGUACAAAUGCCGGUACGCCUACCAGGUUGGUAGGUGUUGUACUUAUUAUGUUUGUUUUCAGGUUUAGGACACCACGUGGAAUUUUAUUUAGUUCCACGGAUGGCAGGCCCGCCUUCAUUAUUCUGAUUAUAGAAAAAACACAGGCUGAGGCGUGUUUCAAACCCACGGAGGGAUGUACCAAAGUUGUACGCAAGCACAUUGAACCAGUCGAACUUACGUAAUGUGUACUGAGUCAAAUAUGCCCAAUUUUUGUUUACCUGAAUCAGCACACCGGACGAACAAGCACAGAGAGAAAGAGCACAUAGAGAGAGCGAAAGAGGGAGAGAGAGAGCAGAAGCAGCCUUGGUUGCUGCGCACUGAGCUUUGUUUCUUUGUCCGUUGAACGCGUGUAUGAGUGGGCUCGGGCUGCGGCACACACAUGUCUUUUUCGUCACUUCGUUGUUCGUCGUCUCUCUGCCUGCGUGCGGGAGUCUCUCUGCCUGCCCUCAAGGGAAGUUGGCGUCAAAUAUUAUCAAUCCAUACAAGUCAAUAAGCACUAACAUCGAGCACGCGAUAUUGUAUGCAUAGGGCACGCGAUAUUAUAUGUUUCAUGUACCGGGCUGCGCCUGUUUUGCUUGUCGAAGGCAUGCGAUCAUCACGGUGGGCCGUGGCAUAUCCUUCAGGUUGUAAUGCAGUCUACACUAUGCUGUCUAUUGCAGUGUCAAAAGGAGUCCGUCUAUUAGAGUUUUUAAGAGGAAACUGGUCGAGUCGGAAAGGAAAGAACGGGAGGUGGCCCGGUUGAGCCUUGGUGAGGAGUGUUGGAGUAGGUCUGCAGGUUUUGACUUCGGUCUUCUCCCUGGCCCUUGCGUGGCAGGCUGCUCAGUCUCAAGCGUGUGUAUGCGUUGGG